AGAAGCUAGUCCCAGACCCCAAUAUGAAACCCACUUCGUGACAACCCGCCCAGCCACAAAAUUUGCUCAAUUAAAGCAAGGGUAGGCAAGUACAAGGAUUCUCCAGUUGGGCUCCUUAGUUCCAAGAAACCUACCACUGACCUAACAACAUUCCUUUGCAUAAAUUAACAGAGCCUCAGAGUCUUAACAUAGCCAGAAAACUGCUGUUUGCCCAUGCAACUUCCUAUCGGGCAUGCCUUUUCUUUGGCCAGAUGAUUUUGCCAAAUAUCUAACUAAAAAUCCCAAAAGCAAAGUGUAGCAAUUUUUUUUUUUUUUCCUUGCUGAAAGUCUCCUCCAUUUUGGGGUACUAAAUCACAUCAUAAAAUUGCAAAAUCGUUAGGAUGUAAAUGACCUAUGUUGCUUCAUAUUCCUGAUGAAGCAAUUGUUUAAGAUGUGGCUUUAAAAGGGACCAAAAAGAGCAGCAAGUGACACAUGAUGCUGUGAGCUUCCAGGUAGACAACAGCAAAGGGCCAUACCCAGAGGAGCGGACAAGAAGGCCAGGAGAGGUAGUGUUUGAAGAAAAGGCCAUGUUAAGUCUGAAAAUGCUUCCGCUGCUGCUCUUAGUCCACAUGGAGCUCUCCAAAGCCCUGCCUGUACCUGCUGAACCCCCCGAAGAGAGAAAUAGAAAAAUUGUUCAGAAUUACCUAGAAAAGUUCUACCGAUUGCCCAUGUCUCAAUUUGAGUCUGAAAGGAAUAACAGCACUGGCGUGAUUGUCAAAAAGCUUAAAGAAAUGCAGCGGUUCUUUGGGUUGAAUGAGACAGGGAAACCAGAUGCUGAAACCCUGGAGAUAAUGAAAAAGCCUCGCUGUGGAGUGCCUGAUAUUGGUGGUUUUAUGUUAACCCCAGGAAACCCCAAGUGGAACCACAUGAACGUGACCUACAGGAUUAACAGUUAUCCCUCAUGUUGGACAAAGGCUGAGGUGGAAACUGCUUUUAGGAAAGCCUUUGCACUCUGGAGUCGUGCAUCACGCCUGAGCUUCACCAGCAUCUCAGAGGGAAAAGCAGACAUCGAGAUUGGUUUCUUCGAAAAAGAGCAUGGUGACAAUUCUCCAUUUGAUGGACCCAAUGGAAUCCUUGCUCAUGCCUUUCAACCAGGCCAAGAUAUUGGAGGAGAUGUUCAUUUUGAUGCAGAAGAAACAUGGACCAACAGCUUUGAAAAUUACAACUUGUUUCUUGUUGCUGCUCAUGAAUUUGGCCAUUCUUUGGGGCUCGCUCAUUCCUCUGAUCCUGGUGCGUUGAUGUAUCCCACCUACGCUUACACGGACACCAGCUCAUAUUCACUCCCUGAAGAUGACAUCGAAGGCAUCCAGGCCAUCUAUGGACCUUCGAGUGACCCUAUCCAACCCACUGGACCAAGCACCCCCAGAGCCUGUGAUCCCAGAUUGGCAUUUGAUGCUAUCACCACGCUCCGAGGAGAAAUAUAUUUUUUUAAAGACAGGUUCUUCUGGAGAAGGCACCCUCAGCUACGAACAGUCGAACAAUAUUUUAUUUCACUAUUCUGGCCAUCCCUGCCAAAUGGAAUACAGGCUGCUUACGAGGAUUUUGAUAGUGACCUAGUUUUCUUAUUUAAAGACAACCAAUACUGGGCUAUGAGUGGCUAUGAUAUUCUGCGAGAUUACCCGAAGGAUAUAUCAAACUAUGGCUUCCCCAGCAGUGUUCGAGCGAUUGAUGCAGCUGUUUUCUACAGUGGAAAAACAUACUUCUUUGUAAGCGAUCAAUUCUGGAGAUAUGAUAGCCAAAGACAAUUCAUGGAACCAGGUUAUCCCAAAAGCAUAGAAAGUACCUUUCCAGGAAUAAGAACUAGAGUUGAUGCAGUUUUCCAUCAGGAUCACUUCUUCCUUUUCUUCAGCGGGCCAUAUUAUUACGCAUUUGAUCUUAAUACUCAGAGAGUUACUAAAAUUGACAGAAGCAAUAAAUGGCUUAACUGUAGACAAAAAGUUUAAGCAAACUCCAAUUUGUCUCCAUUUUCUGAAAGUUAAUGGUAGGCAAAUUCAAUUUUCAUAUUCCUUACAUCAUAUCCUGUUUAUACUCUUCUCAACAGUAAACAGUAAUGCUGUUUACCUUCACUAUAUAUAUUGGGUCUGUCUGCAAUAAAAAUGUUCGGAAUAUUCCACCAUUUGCAGAAGCUGACUCACUUCUUACACAUUCUCAAGUUAGUGAAUCUCAUCACAGCUGAACUGCAGGAGAAUAACCCCUUCUUUUUCACCUCAAUAUUUACUAUUUCAUUACUUGCUUAUCUGACUUCUAAAAUGUUCAUGUAUUCCUAAGCUUCUUUAAGCAUGUGUCGUGGAUUGAAUGAUGUCCUCCAAAAAACAUAUGUCAACUUGGUUGAACCAUGACUCCACACUAUUUUGUGGUUGUCCUCCAUUUUGUGAUUGUAAUUUUAUGUUAAGAGGAUUAGGGUGGGAUUGUAAUACCACCCUUACUCAGGCCACCUCCCUGAAUGGUAAAGGGAGUUUCCCCGGAGUGUGGUCUGCGCCACCUUUUAUCUCUCAAGAGAUAAAAGGAAAGGAAAGCAAGCAGAGAGUUGGGGACCUCAUACCACCAAGAAAGCAGCACCGGGAGCAGAGCAGCAUCCUCUGGACACGGGGUCCCUGCGCCUGAGAAGCUCCUCAACCAGGGGAAGAUUGAGGACAAGGACCUUCUUCCAGAGCCCACAGAGAGAAAGCCUUCCCCUGGAGCUGAGGCCCUGAAUUUGGACUUGUAACCUACUAGGCUAUGAAAAAAUAAAUUUUUCUUUGUUAAAGCCAUACACUUGUGGUA